CGCAAAGAUUUCCUCACCUUUACAAUUGCUUUUACUCAUGAGCUGGGUCACAGCCUCGGGAUGAAGCAUGACGAAAAGGGGUGUGUGUGUGGAGAAGCCACCAAGUGCUACAUGGCAGAGAGGUUGACCUUCGGCUCCAAGGGUUUCAGCAACUGCAGCCAGCAGAGCUACGUCAACCUGCUCAACAAAGGGCUUGGUAACUGCCUGCGCAACGUCCCAGAGCCCCACAGACUCUUCCGUUUUAAGCGCUGUGGCAACAAGGUGAUCGAAGAGGGAGAGCAGUGUGACUGUGGGGGGCCGCAGGAUUGCCAAGGCGAUCCCUGCUGCCACCAAAACUGCACCCUAAAGCCAAUGGCUGUCUGCUCUGUUGGGCAAUGCUGUCAGAACUGCCACUUUCGUGCUGCAGGACACAAGUGCAGGGUUGAGGCAGACGAGUGUGACUUGCCUGAAUAUUGCAACGGGUCUUCAGAGUGGUGCCCAGAGGAUCUGCACGUGCACGACGGGACACCCUGCAAGAAUGACGGCUACUGCUACCAUGGGAAGUGUCCCACCUAUGACAACCUGUGCCAGAAAAUCUUUGGAAAAGAAGCUCGGGGUGCUCCAGAAAGUUGCUACAAAAAUCAAAACAUGAAAGGGAAUCGAUUCGGCAACUGCGGCACCAAAGGGUCUAAAGUUGCUUUUGUGAAAUGUAAACCCAAAGAUGUGCUGUGCGGAAGGCUGCAGUGUGUCAAUGUGAAGACGAUCCCUGUCCUGCCGGAGCAUGAAACCAUUGUUCAGAUUCCAGGGCCCGAGGGCUGGUGCUGGGGCACAGCCUACCAUGCCGGCAUUGAUACACCUGAUAUCGGAGCAGGGCUUGAUGGCACCAGAUGUGGGCCAGAAAAGAUCUGCCUUAACGGGACUUGCAGAAAUGUCACGCUUAGGACCGAGUGCGAUGGGAAUGUUUUGUGUGGGGGGAAAGGGGUCUGCAACAACCUCAGACAGUGCCACUGCAAAGCUGGCUGGGCUCCUCCAGACUGCCAGCUCCAUGGCCUGGGAGGGAGUGUGAGCAGCGGCCCCCCCCCACCUCUCAGGAAGUCCCCGGGGGAGAUUGUCCGCAGCAAAGCGUUUAGGAUAGGAAUUGGGAUCACGGUUCCCGUUUCUCUCUUGAUUGCUCUCCUCGUUGCUGUAAGCAAAUACAGAAAGGAAAUAGCUGCAUUUUUCAGUACCGCGUUAUCAGAAGAGAGCAGUGAGGCUCCUACAGAUGAGGAGGAGGAGAAGGAGGAAAAGGAGGAGAAGGAGGAAGAGGAGAAGAAGGAG